CGCUGUCUCCUCUCCAACAGUUCCUCAGGGUUUAGUGUAGCGAUGUGGAAGCAAUCCUUCGCCGACACCGCCGCCGCCGUCGCUGUCGCCGCCGCCGCCCGUAUAUCCACUUCAAGGCGGUGGAUUUCCACGGCUGUUGAUGUGAACUUCGAAAUCCGCCGCGCCGUGGAAGAGAGUUUCAGAGAAGUCUCCAUGAUUUCCCCACCCCCGAAGAAAGUCAAUCCACCGCCGUCGUACUCUAUCGUGAAGGGGGCGCUUAAACGUAGCGAGGGCCCUCUUCUCCGGCGGGUGUAUGGGGAUGAAGAAAUCACCUUAUCAGUUGUGCGCCGUGCCGUUGCCUUACCAUCGCAUGAUUCAAGCAAUGGAGAUGGUGCCGAAGAUCAUAGCCCUGGCUUCAUCAGCGACCUAUUGCUUCACGUGGGUGUGUCGAGGGGACGAAGCAACUCACUUCUUUUUCUCUGCGGGCUUUAUCCGGAUUCUGUUGGAAUCCACUCGGUCUGCCUGCUAUCUAAGCUUAACCCUGACUCGUACCAGGGCCGCGUCUUCAUGGAGUUGGACGAGAAACUGAGGGCCCAACUUUCUCGAUAUCUAGAAGAUCGUGGAGUUGAUGACAGACUUUUCCCAUUUGUGCAAGAUUGGCUAUACCUUAAGAAUCAUCACAAUCUUGUGAAUUGGUUUGGGAAGCUCGGUCAAUUUGUCAAUGGCAAAAACCAGCAUGAGUUAGUUCACUUGGAAGUUUGCAAAGACAAGGACGAGACCAAGGCAAACGUGUUACCCUGAGGUGGUGUUUGAGUGAUCGAUGGGAAGACAAUGGAAAGAGAAUCUGAAAGAUUUUCUAUGCUGGAAGUAUUCAGAUAGCUCUCCAUAAUGUUUUGGUUUCCUCUUCUAAUCACAUCUGUAGCCUGAUUUGAUGAGUUAUCGUAAUGGGGAACUGCAUUACUUGUGUUGAUCUUCCGUGUGGUGAAUUAAAACUUUCGGUACUGAACUAGUCCAGUAGGGAUGGUCCCACUUGGGUUGUAUUCAUGAUAACCUUUCUAGUUAUCAUCAUAGGUCUAA